GCCGCCAGGAGGGCUAACGGGCUCGGCGGCGGCAGGGCCAGCCCCGCGGCGGCUCAUUGGGCGGCGCGCGGAGGGACAGGGGUCCGCAGCAAAUCACGGGCUCAUUGAUCGGGGCGAGCGGCCUGGAUCGCGCUGGCCGCGUGCCAAUCGCCGCUCACAGAGCCCCUCUAUGAUUAAUCGCAAUGCAUUAUUGAUAAUCAUAAUUACGGCGGGACACAUGCGCGCUGCGCCCGCGGCCGGGGGGCCGGGGAGGGGGCGGGCGGGCCGGCGGGCGGGGGGAGCCGCCGCCGCCGCCGCCGCCGCCGCCGCUCGGUUUCCGUAAUUUUGAGAAGAUUUUUUUUUGGCAAUUUUUUAUUCUGCCCCAGCUGAUGUGUGAGCCAGCAUGUCGCGGAGGAAGCAGGCGAAGCCUCAGCACUUCCAGUCCGACCCCGAAGUGGCCUCGCUCCCGCGGCGGGAUGGACACGCCGAGAAGGGGCAGCCGCACCCGCGCGCCAAGAGCAAGGACGCCCACGUGUGCGGCCGCUGCUGCGCCGAGUUCUUCGAGCUGUCGGACCUGCUGCUGCACAAGAAGAGCUGCACCAAGACGCAGCUGGUGCUGAUCGUGCGCGAGGGCCCCCCGCCCCCGGCCGGCGCCUUCCCGCCCAGCCCCCCGCCCGAGCGCCCCGGGGAGCCCCCCGAUGACACGCCCGGCGGCACGGCUCAUCGCGGGGAGCCCCCGGAGAACCGUGGGCCCGGGGACGGGGACGGGUCCAUGGAGGUGGAGGCCCCGGGGGCCGACAAGGGCGCCGAUGGCGACGGCGGCCGCGGCCCUCCCGGCGGCAGCCCCGCCGGCGGCACCCCCGGCGGCUCCUCCACGGGUACCUCAGCGAUCACAACCUCUCUACCUCAGCCGGGGGACCUGGCGGCGCUGGGCGGCUUCUCCGUCAUCAACAGCAACGUCAUCAUCGAGAACCUGCAGAGCACCAAGGUGGCCGUGGCCCAGUUCUCCCAGGAGGCGCGGGCCGGGGGCGGGGGCCCCGCGGGGGCCAAGCCGGCCGUGCCCGCGCUCAUGGAGCAGCUGCUGGCGCUGCAGCAGCAGCAGAUCCACCAGCUACAGCUCAUCGAGCAGAUCCGCCACCAGAUCCUGCUGCUGGCCUCCCAGGGCGCCGACCAGACCGCGCCCGCCGGGCCCGCCCAGGGCGCCCCGCGGACCUCCGCCGCCCACCCGCUGUCCACGCUGAGCUCCCACCUGUCCCAGCAGCUGGCGGCCGCCGCCGGCUUAGCGCAGAGCCUGGCCAGCCAGUCGGCCAGCAUCGGCGGCCUGAAGCAGCUGCCCCCGGCCCAGCUACCUCAGAGCCACCCCCUCGCCCCGGCCCACGGCGGCGCGUCCCCCCACGUGGGCAUCCUGGCCACGGCGGUGACCGCCCCGUCGUCCUCGUCCUCGGACAGGGCGGCCCCGGGCGCCUCCCUGGCCGGCAGCCCCGCGGCGGUCUCGGCGGCGGCGGCCUCGCCGGCGUUCGCAAUAAGCAGCCUGUUGAGCCCUGCGUCCAACCCUCUUCUACCUCAGCCGGCCCCCGCCAGCGCGGGCACCGCGGCCGAGGACCUGGCCCCGCUGGCCGCCCUGGCCCAGCAGCGCAAGAGCAAGCCGCCCGGCGGCGGAGGCCUGGCCGCGGCCCUCGAGGCCAAGGGCGCGGCCUCGGACGAGGCGUUCUUCAAGCACAAGUGCCGCUUCUGCGCCAAGGUCUUCGGCAGCGACAGCGCCCUGCAGAUCCACCUGCGCUCCCACACGGGCGAGCGCCCCUUCAAGUGCAACGUCUGCGGCAACCGCUUCUCCACCAAGGGCAACCUCAAGGUGCACUUCCAGCGCCACAAGGAGAAGUACCCCCACAUCCAGAUGAACCCCUACCCCGUGCCCGAGCACCUGGACAACAUCCCCACCAGCUCCGGGAUCCCCUACGGCAUGUCCAUCCCCCCCGAGAAGCCCGUCACCAGCUGGCUGGACACCAAGCCCGUCCUGCCCACCCUCACCACGUCCGUGGGCCUGCCGCUGCCCCCCACCCUCCCCUUCAUCAAGACCGAGGAGCCGGCCCCCAUCCCCAUCAGCCGCGCCUCCGCCAGCCCCCCGGGCUCUGUCAAAAGCGACUCGGGGGCCCCCGAGCCCGCCCUGAGAAGCGCGGGGGGCCUCCCGGAGGAGGCCGACGGGGCCGCGGGGCCGCCCUCCGGGGGCAGAAGCGAAGAGGGCGGCGGCGGCGGUGGCGCCCUGAGCUCGCCGACGGCGGCCGCGGACAACGGCCCGCCGGGCACCGCCCUGGCCUUCGCCAACCCCCUGCUGCCGCUCAUGUCCGAGCAGUUCAAGGCCAAGUUCGCCUUCGGGGGCCUCCUGGACGCCGCGCCGGCCUCCGAGACCUCCAAGCUGCAGCAGCUGGUGGAGAACAUCGACCGCAAGGCCGCCGACCCCAACGAGUGCGUCAUCUGCCACCGCGUGCUGAGCUGCCAGAGCGCCCUCAAGAUGCACUACCGCACGCACACGGGCGAGCGGCCCUUCAAGUGCAAGGUCUGCGGGCGCGCCUUCACCACCAAGGGCAACCUCAAGACGCACUACAGCGUGCACCGCGCCAUGCCGCCGCUGCGCGUGCAGCACUCCUGCCCCAUCUGCCAGAAGAAGUUCACCAACGCCGUGGUCCUGCAGCAGCACAUCCGCAUGCACAUGGGCGGCCAGAUCCCCAACACGCCGCUGCCCGACGGCGCCUGCCCCGAGUCCAUGGGCUCCGACGCCGGCUCCUUCGACGAGAGGAACUUUGACGACGCCGACACCUUCUCCGACGAGACCAUGGACGGCUGCCCUGAGGGCAGCAUGCCCGACACGCCGCGCUCGGCGGACGCCUCCCGGGACAGCCUGUCGUCCUCGCCGCUGCCCCCCGAGGUGUCCAGCAUCGCUGCGCUGGAGAACCAGAUGAGGAUGAUCAACGCCGGGCUGGCCGAGCAGCUGCAGGCCAGCCUCAAGGCCGUGGAGAACGGCUCGGUGGAGGGCGACGUCCUUACCAACGACUCGUCCUCGGUGGGGGGCGACGUGGAGAGCCAGAGCGCGGGCAGCCCGGCCGCCUCCGAGUCCACCUCGUCCAUGCAGGCCCUGUCGCCCGCCAGCGGCGCCCCGGACUUCCGCAAGUCGCCCGGUGCCGAGGAGAAGCCGCCCCGGCCGGGCCCCGGCGAGUUCGCCAACGGCCUGUCCCCGGCCCCCGUCAAUGGCGGGGCCCUGGACCUCACGGCGGGCCACUCGGAGAAGAUGGUCAAGGAGGACUCCCUGGGGCUCCUCUUCCCGUUCCGGGACCGGGGCAAGUUCAAGAACACGGCGUGCGACAUUUGCGGCAAGACGUUUGCUUGCCAGAGUGCCUUGGACAUCCACUACCGGAGUCAUACCAAAGAGAGACCCUUCAUUUGCACAGUCUGCAGCCGCGGCUUCUCCACCAAGGGCAACCUGAAGCAGCACAUGCUCACCCACCAGAUGCGCGACCUCCCCUCCCAGCUCUUCGAGCCCAGCCCGGGCCUCGGCCCCGGCCCCGGGCAGAACCCCGUGGCGGGAAUGCCCCCCGCCAGCCCCUUGUCCGCGCUCAUCAAGACCGAGGUCAACGGCUUCAUGCACGUCCCUCCUCAGGACGGCAAGGACCCCUCGGCCGGCGGCCACGCGCCCUCCGGGCCCUCGGCCACGUCCCCCGUGCUGCUGCCGGCCCUGCCCCGGCGGACCCCCAAGCAGCACUACUGCAACACGUGCGGCAAGACCUUCUCCUCGUCCAGCGCCCUGCAGAUCCACGAGCGGACUCACACCGGCGAGAAGCCCUUCGCCUGCACCAUCUGCGGGAGAGCGUUCACCACGAAAGGCAAUCUGAAGGUCCACAUGGGCACCCACAUGUGGAACAGCACGCCCGCGCGGCGGGGCCGGCGGCUCUCCGUGGACGGCCCCAUGACCUUCCUGGGCGGCAACCCCGUCAAGUUCCCCGAGAUGUUCCACAAGGACCUGGCGGCCAGGGCGGGCAGCGGCGACCCCUCCGGCUUCUGGAACCAGUACGCGGCCGCGCUGUCCAACGGGCUGGCCAUGAAGGCCAACGAGAUCUCCGUCAUCCAGAACGGCGGCGUGCCCGCCCUGCCCGGCGGCCUGGGCAGCGGCAGCAGCUCGCCCGUCGGCGGGCUGACGGGCAACCCCGAGAAGCUGCCUGGCUCGGAGCCCAGCGCGCCCCUGGCCGGCCUGGAGAAGAUGGCCGGCAGCGACAACGCCGCCGCCGGCUUCCGCUUCACCCGCUUCCUGGAGGACAGCAAGGAGAUCGUCACCAGUUAGAGCGAGGCCGGCCGAGGCCCAGCCUGCCCGCCGCCCCCGUCUCCUCGGGUCCCCCCAGAUCUCGGAACUGCUUCCCCAGGAUGGAGACAUUCUUUUGUACCUUGCUCCACUUCUAGAGUUCUAAGAAAGCUUAUUUAUUAGCGAUGUAACCUCGCUCUGCAGACAGGAUUGCAAGCGUUAACUUUGGUCUUCUGUAUUCGGGACUAAGUACUAAUUGACUAGAGUGCUGUAAACUUGCUGUAACAUUUAUGGCAAUUGCAAAGUUGCCCUGCUAGGCGGUCUUAAUCUGGCAUUAACUUAUUUUCUAUAUCCAGUUUAAUAUGAAGCCGGUGUGGCUGCCAUGCCCCCGUGAUGCAUUAGGUCUCUAAUAAAGUCUGUAUAUAAAUGUACACUUUGAUCCUGCUGGGGCAUUUUCUCGGCACACACGCAUCGUCUCAUCUUCCGAAAACAGAGUUAAGGAAAAGGACUGAGUCGUACAGACUGAACAGUGUGGUUCUUUGAAAGGUUUGGGGUUUUUUUUUUUGUUUUUUUUUGGUUUGGGGUUUUUGUUUUGUUUUGCCUUUUUUUUUUUUUUAUCCUAAAAUUCGACCUGGGUUUUUUGUUUUUGUUUUGUUCUGAUUUUUGUAGAUUUAACCAUUUCCGUUCCGAACUGCUCUUUGUAUUGCGCUUUUUACUUGAGUCGCCCUGGGUGUCCCUAGGUUUCCGCACGAUUCAGGAAGCACGCCGACUGCUCUAGAGAACACGCCGGUGUGCUUUGGUCGUGGAAACUGGGAUGGAACGUUCGUUUUUGCCUUGUAGGUGUUGUCCCUUCGCCCUGGCCGCCGUGUGCUGGAGUUCCCCAAUGCUGCUACGUACGAGCAUCUUGAAAACAGCCUUCGACGGAGGG